AUGAGCGCAACAAACGCGAUAAGUCGUGAAAAGUCCGAUGAAGCUAUGAGAGGUGCUAUUCUAGCGCUAAAAGCUUCAACAACCUGGUCUUCGUCAGAGAUAUCAGCCGUGCUAGGCCUGUCGGUCCGUCAGGUGAACCGGAUUUACAGCCGGUGCCUCAAGAACGGCUUCGACCCAUCGGUCUGGCCGUUACAAAUAAACAAUUCCUUUGUGUCUGACCGACCGAGGAGUGGAAGGCCCAAAAAGCGGACUGAGGAAGUUGAACAAGCUAUCGCCGAAAACUACAAGCGCGAUAGUCGCAACGGGGAAAGGUCAUGUGCUGACAUAGCUGCCGAGAUAACACAAGCAGGUCAUCUUGUAUCAUUUACGACGGUGUGGAAGGUGUUGAAAGAUAUUGGCCUGCGGAAGUCUAGGCCAAUAAAGAAGCGCGGUCCGAGGACGAAGAUGAAAGAAGGCCCAGCUGAAUCAGCGCCUAGCCCAUACGUAUUGGCCCUUGAAAGACCGGAAGAAGGUGAUCAAGUCUGA